AGACCGUCCAGACCUGAACCAGAACCAGACCCUGAACUAGAGCAGCAGCAGCCCCAAGCUCCGGAGCGGCCAGGACCAGGACCAUCGAACCCAGGACCCAGGAGGGACAAGUACUAAGACCAGAACCCCCCAGAGACCAGAGACCAGAGACCCCCAGAGAGAUGGACUCGUUCAGGAAGGGUUUCUCCGCGGCAAAAGACGGCGUCUCCGCGGCCGCCGAGAAAACCAAGACGGGCGUGGGAGAGGCAGCGAGCAAGACCCGGGACGGGGUCCUGUUUGUAGGGAACAAGACCAAGGACAGCUUGGCGUCUAGCGUAAACACAGUGGCCCAGAAGAGCACCGAGCAGGCUAACCUGGUGGCCGACUCGGCCGUCUCAGGAGCCAAUGAGGUGGCUCAGGCCACGGUGGACGGGGUGGAGCAGGCCGCACUGGCUAGCGGAUUGGUCAAGCCCGGGGAGGAGGGACCAGUGGCUGAUGAGGCUGAUGCUCCCAAGGUGGAGGGAGAAGCCGAACCAGUCCAGACCGCCUCCUAGGGGUCAUUAACACCACCACUGUGACUUCCUGGCUCUUGAGGAACCAGCAGGACGGGAGGAGCAGCUGACCUUUGACUUCUUCCGCCCCGCCAGUUACCCCAUAAUAACCCUGCUGUGAUUAGCUUAAUCAGUGUUUGUUUCCAUGGUUACCUAGCCUAAUAUGUUUUAUUUAAUGUCUCUCAUGUAUAAUUCUCUAGCUAAGAUUCAGUGUCCAUGUUGACGCUUUCUGUUGCCACAGUAACAAAUUAAAGACCAAUUAUUCAAGCCAAGCCACACCCCCUUAAGCCACACCCGAUGUCACUCAAGAGGGCCUGAAGAAAUGCAGUAAAGCUUUAACACAAACACGCCCAUCCAUACACGCACACAUACCCUACACAGAAAGCCCACACACACAUGUACACACAGAAACACUAAUACAAUUAAAAUAUCUUCCUGUUGUUGGUCCACGCAGACUCUCAAAAAUAAAACUUAUUUUAUCCAAAC